UUAACCAACUGAGCCAAUCGACUGGCCCCCUAGUUGAAUGCUUUAUCAUAGACUCAUUAAAGCUAAUCAUAAAAUGUUAGAGCUGAAAGAUCCCGUAGAGAUCAUCAAGUGCAAAUCAUCAUUGAUCUGCUGGUGCAGGCAGCAUAGCAUAGUAUGUGAUAGGCACUGACAUCAGACUAGCCAGGUUAGAGUUCCGUUUCUCCCAUUUGCCGCGUGGGUGACCUUGUCUAAUUACUCAGCCUAUUUCUCCAUCUAUAGAAUGCAACUACUAAUGGACCUACAUGCUAGGCUUAUUGUGAGAUGUUUAGAUGAAACAGUCGAAGAAAACCAAAAUCAUAGUGCCUGGCAAGUGGUAAUGUUACUUCAGAAAAGCUACUGAUGAUGAUGAUGAUGUGCCUUCAGUAAAUGUCAGGGAUGAAUAAUAAUAACAAUAAUAAAAACCAUCGAGGGUGUAUUGGCUUACGAUUCGUAUAGGCUGUAAUCAUGUCAUUUGUGUUGGUUCCUUUGGGGCAACUGUUUCAUAGUUUGCCCCCCUUUAGAUUCUUUUUCUGCCCCCUCAGUGUGCAUAGCUGUAGCUCUUCCCGCCUUGUGCAAUACCAUUGUAAUGAUGUACCGUAUUUUAUUUAGCCAUUCUCCGAGGGAUGGACAUUUAGGGUAUUUCUAAAAUUUUGAUAUUUUAUAGAAUCUGUAUAGAAUUAUAUAGCAAGUAACUUUGUGAAUAUGUGAUUUUACAUUUGUGGAGGUGUAUCUUAAAAGUAAAUUUCUAGAAAUGGGCUUGUAGUUCCAAGGAUAAAUGCACAUGUAGCUUCGAUCUGGGCAAGAUAGCAUUUUAGGCAGAGGGUCCAGCAGGUAUAAAGGCUCUGAGGUGGGGUCAUGUAGCUGGUGUGCUGAAGGAAUGAAUACCGAUGAGGCCACGUGAAGAAACAGGCCUAGAGCUAGACAGUGACCUGCCCGAGAUCCUAUACACUAGUGCCAGAGCCGAGUAGAACCCUGGCCUCCAUAUUUCCAGUCCAUUGCUACACUUACAAGCAAGGAAGGCAUGCGUGGAAAACAGGGUCAUAUUCAACCAAGGCCACUGUUCUCAGGGUUGUUAGGUCAGAGGAGGGAGAAGUUUAUAUGGACCAGAGUCAGGUGGGACUUCACACACGCGGUGGGAUGUGGAGGACAAUGAGGGCGAGGAGACAUUAUUUCUUUUGUAACUAGAUCUGUGGAGUGAUGUUUUGGCACGUUGGGAAUGUUCUGUUCCCAGUUUUUUACCUUAUGGUUUUAGUACGCCUUGAAGCUCCUUUCCUGAAUAAAUUAUGUUGGGGGCUCUGCAAAAUAGUGAUUUUUUUUUAAUGCUAUCUUUUCCAUAAAUAAUUGUCAUUCUUCUUUAAAGAACAUCAUUCCCUUUUAUUUCUUUCUCUUUUUCAUUUAAGGAGCUGCGUACCAUGUAGUUUAGUCACCUCAUACAAUAGAUGUUUGAUUAGAAAAGUUGGGUACAAAUGAAAUUUUAAAAUAUGGAAUCAGCUUUCAUGUAUAAUGGUUCUCCAGUGGAAUCUUACUGUAAAUCCUUUUUGCAAAGCGAGUAAUCACCUCUUAAUUUUUGUUAUUUUAUAAACUUGUAUUUUCAUGUAUAGCACAUUUAUUCAACACAUUAUUGAGUGCUUAUUAUGUUUCAAACACUGUGUUAAGAACUUGGAAUAGAGGUGGUAAGCCGAAGACGCAUGGCUGUCCUUCAUGUAGGAUGCGUUCUUACAGGUAAGAAGACAGUGAGAGUUGCCCAGAACCCAGUGAACGAAGGCAAUUAUGAAUUUAUACGCGAGGAAUCUUGAUUGGGGAGGUAUUACAUUGGCUUUUGCUAACAACCCCGCUCAAGAAAAUGCUUUGAAGUUCAGAACCCUAAACAAUCAUUCUCUCUGGGUCUGAUGAGCAGAAUAUGUAGUAUAUUUGGCAGUUACCUCCUGUUGUCCUUUUAAUGUAACAUUGAAUUAUGAUUGCAGACCCCUCCCCUCAGUGUACAACGUUGUCUAAUAUUUUUUCCUCUAAGGACACUUUCUCAGUGUUUCUGGCGUCCACACAUCCAUAAGGCAUGUCCUAAGAGGCAUAUUUCGGAGGCCCCUAAGAACCCGAAGAUUCAGAGCAGCAGGCAGACACUCAGCAGCCCAGCCCUGCCCGUUCACCAGGCUCCUUCCGUCUGGGCUGGGUAGGAAAGCAUCAGUGAAGGCCAUGAGAGAAUAGGAGAUUUCUAUACGUUCUGAAAAGCCUUAGAGGCUUGGGACAGCCCAGCAUAGCUCAAAAUUUAGGAGACCUAUCUUUCAUGAGAUGGAUUCAAGUAUGAUAUCUGGGCCGAAAGAUGUCUCUGUCCUUGCUUUCAGGUUAGUGAUGAGACUGUUUUCUUGCUGAAUUGGACCAGCCGACCUGGGGAUGACUUGUGGCCCUUGCUGCUUCUCAGCCACACUGCCUGGCAGAAAUCUGUAGGUUUCUGAGUCUCCUAAGGGAAGGUCAAGUGGCUCUUAGCUAGAUAAAUGUUUACUAGAGGGAUCCAAGAGCAAAGGGGUUUUCCACCAAAGAGAAGUUGUUUUCUUCAACUUCCACUCUAUCUUCAGCAGCAUCUCCCUUCAGAUCAGUAAGAUGGACACAGUUAGGUGUGGACCUGUCUUUAAAGAAAUAAGGUGUCUGUCAGUGACACUGCUGUGAUGUCAGAUUCCAGAAUAUCAAGAACAUUCUUUAGAACAGCUGUUUCGUUUUGGAUUGAACCCCAGUGUCGAAUCAGCCAUCCUAUUGUCAAAAUGAAAAGGAUUGCCCAAGUGACAAGAAAACCCCUGUCAUUAUGAGUUGUUGUAGAAGUUACGUCUCUAAGUUUCCCGAAGAUGUUUCCGUACUCAGCAUACACUCACCUCUGUUGCUUUCACUCAUGUCAUCUGAAGAUGAACAGCAUUUGAUUUCCAACUUGAGGAGCCACGCACCAGCCCAGGCUGUGGUGAAGCAGCCUGUCCGGGGAGCCAGUGGCAGGACCACACUCACGACCAUUGUCCAGACUGGCGGGGACUGGAGCACCGGCCUCUUCAGUGUCUGCAGAGAUAGGAGAAUUUGUUUCUGUGGUCUCUUUUGUCCGAUGUGUCUUGAGUGUGACGUCGCCAGGCAUUACGGAGAGUGUUUUUGUUGGCCGUUGUUACCUGGGUCCACCUUCGCACUGAGAGUUGGCACCAGAGAGAGACAUAAAAUGCGGGGCACGCUCUGCGAGGACUGGCUGGCGGUGCACUGCUGUUGGCCUUGUUCCAUCUGUCAGGUGGCCCGGGAACUCAAGAUGAGGACCUCCCAACUCUAUGAAAUCUCAUCAGCCCCUUCAACUAAGGACACCUUCAUUUGACAGCGCAGGAAAACUCUUCCUCACUCCCCUUUGCCCUCCUUUCAAACCCCUCUUAGUAGAGAUUGUUCUUAAGUUUUCACUGAAGUUGUAUGAAAAUAAAUGAUUCUCUCCCCCAG